GGGAAAGGCGGGGAAGCAGUCAGCCCUCUGUCCGACAUCUCCGCAUGCGGGCGAGCUCGUUUCUGGAUUGGGAUGGGUGAUGGACGCUCGGCCUUUUCAGGCAGUUUAUAGAUAACGUCGGGUUCGCUUCCACGGGUUUUUGUCCCUUUUUCUCUCCCGAGAACUCUCCCGAGAACAACGUCCACGAAAGCCAACAUCGACCGCGUCGCGUCAAUCACGGUACCUGCACAGAGAACAAUCAGCAUUAGACAUUUUCUUGAUCAGCGUGGCCUACAGAAGGCAACGACGCAAUCAUGGCGCCCAAGGAAAAGCAGCCGGUCUACGUUCUCGGCGUGGGCAUGACCAAGUUCAUAAAGCCCCGCGGCAAGGUAGACUACACGGAGCUCGGGUUCGAGGCCGGCGUCAAGGCCAUGCUGGAUGCUCACAUCACCUACGACGACGUCGACCAGGGCAUCGCGUGCUACUGCUACGGCGACUCGACGUGCGGGCAGCGCGUCUUCUACCAGUUCGGCAUGACGCAGAUCCCCAUCGUCAACGUCAACAACAACUGCUCGACGGGCUCGACGGGGCUGGCCAUGGCGCGGCAGCUGCUGGCGUGCGGGGCGGCCGACUGCAUCCUGGUGGUCGGGUUCGAGAAGAUGAUGCCGGGCAGCCUGCAGAGCUUCUUCAAGGACCGCGAGAGCCCGACGGGCACGUCGGGGCUCAUGAUGGCGCAGACGCGCGGCUACGACGCCAAGGCGCCCGGGGCGGCGCAGAUGUUCGGCAACGCCGGGCGCGAGUACAUGGAGAAGUACGGGGCCACGCUCGACGACUUUGCCGAGAUCGCGCGCGUCAACCACGAGCACUCGCAGCGCAACCCCUACUCGCAGUUCAAGGACGUCUACACGCUCGAGCAGAUCGCAAAGUCGCCCAUGGUGUUCGAGCCGCUGACCAAGCUGCAGUGCUGCCCGACGUCGGACGGCGGCGCGGCGGCGGUGCUGGUGAGCAAGGCCUUCCUGGACGCGCGACCGCAGCUGCGGGCCAACGCCGUCGAGAUCGCGGGUCAGCGGCUGGCGACGGACGCGCCGUCGCUCUUCAACAGGUCGUCCAUCGACCUCAUGGGCUACGAGGCGUCCGAGGCGGCGGCGCGGUCGGCGCUGGCCGAGGCGGGCGUCAGGGCGAUCGACUGCCAGGUGUGCGAGCUGCACGACUGCUUCUCGGCCAACGAGAUGAUCACGCUCGACGCCCUGGGGCUGACGGCGGGCAGGGGCAAGGCGCACGAGCUGGUGCGGAGCGGCGGCAUCACGUACCCGGGCGGGCCGGGCCGCACCGUGGUCAACCCGUCGGGCGGGCUCAUAUCCAAGGGCCACCCGCUCGGGGCGACGGGCAUCGCGCAGUGUGCCGAGCUGGUUUGGCACCUGCGCGGCUGGGCCACCAACCGCGCGGUGCGGGGGGCGCCGACGCGGCACGCGCUGCAGCACAACCUGGGGCUGGGCGGGGCGGCCGUCGUGACCGUGUACCGGCGGGCUGACGGGCAGGAGGCGCCGAGCGGGCUGAGCGACGCCGACGUGGGUGCGACCAACGGGCUGGGCUACAACCCGGCCGUCGAGGCGCGCGGCUUCACGACCGAGCAGGCGGCGUCGGUGCGGAGCAGGGACCGGAGCAGCGACUGGGCGCUGCAGGACACGCUGAAGAAGGUCGAGGCUAAGUUCUAGGGAGGUAGUACUGUGUAGUUGCUAGUAGACGCCAUCCAUGUGAAUGAACAUCCAUGUGAAC